GUGAGUUGAGCACGUUCGGGCACAGGCGAGGGCCGCGGCCAUGAAUGGUGCUUCCCUGCGUCGCUCGGACAGCAAGGCCAGCACAGCCAGUGGCCUGGAGCAGUAUGCCGAACGCGUGCGCAAAGACUGGCGAUCACAGGCCGCCACCAGUGACGAAUCCCUCAGCUUUCCGAUGUACGUGGUGUCACUGAAGCUUUUGAUGACGAUGACUGUGGUGGAAUGCCACGAAGAGCUGCUACGCAAAGGUCAACUGCAGCGCUAUAGACCUGGCAUGGGGCGAACCAUGUUCGUGUCCCAUCAAUGGGCUGGACGUGAUCAUCCAGAUCCUGAAUUUGCCCAGUUCAGAGUAUUGCAAUCCGCCCUGCAGCAUUUGGCAGACGGUAGUAUCGCAUUUCCUGGCUGUCAGGUGACCAUUGCCACGGUACGUGGCUCAAGCGCACCGGCCAAAACAGGUGCUGACUUUUGCUCGCUGCCAGUGUGGGGUGAUUCUCACACUGGUAGCGGAGCUGUUGCUCCGGGGCCAAGCGGCCUAACCUUUCGCCCGCGCUUCGUAGCGCUUGCAGCAGGGCACAUGGCGCUGCUGGAAACCUUCAAGUACAAAAACUUUGUGGCUGCAGAGGACUUGGCAUCGUUCACUGACAGCAAGGGUGGCAACCUUCCUAGGUUCAAUGGAGAUCCUAUGAAGCUGAUGGAAUAUUCUUGGCGAGUGAGGGCCAGGAUAGCCAGAGAACAGUUGCUGCCUGAAGAUGAGCGCAAGAAAUGCGGACCUCUUGGACUUCGCCUUGCAGAGCACUUGUCCGGUCCUGCCUUGCGCGUUGCUCAGUUGAUGUCAACCUCAGACCUAGCUGCAGAAAAAGGUGCUGAAACGUUGUUGAAGAAACUUGGUGGGAGUUUGAAACCUAGAAGGAUUCAAGAAGCACGUGAGUUGUACCAAGCAGGAGCACAACCUGGAGGUGUUUUGUCCAGGCAACCACAAGAACCCAUGGCCACAUACCUUGUCAGGCGUCAAGCAUGGCACAGUGCUAUGAUUGAUUUAAUCAGUGACUUGAAGUUGCCAGAUUUGAUACUGGCUGAACAAACCCUGACAAACGCAGGUAUCUCAGAGAGUAUGCAACUCUUGAUCAGGUCUGCCAUAGGUGGUGACAUGACUCUUGAAAAGGUGAGCACUGAGCUGAUCGCCCAGCAUGCUCGCAUCCAUGAACGUGAACAUGGAGCUUCGCACCACCGUGGCAAGGGCUAUGGCAAGCACUGGCGCUCUCAUGGAAGUCGCAGCCAACACCAUGGCUACAUGGCUGAAGAGACCUAUGACUGGGAGACUGCCGAGGCCUAUCAGGCUGAGAAUGACAACUCUGGUGACGGCUAUGACGAAGCCAACUAUGACCAUGGACAUGAAGAUGAACCAGUUGAUGAAGGCCAACUUCUGGCCAUGCUGGCUGAUGAUGGACUCGACCUUGGGUGUGAAGAGUCAAUGGAGUAUGCAGCUGAUGUGAUUCAAGCUGACCUUGAAGCCUUCUACGCACGAGACCGUGCUGUGCAGAAGGGCAUCAAGGGCUUCAAGGGGAAAGGCAAGGGCAAGGGCGGCACACGUCACUUUGACGUCUCUGGCCAGCUCUCCUUGUCUGAACGCCAGCAGAAGUUACAGUUGCUCAAGGCCAAGACCUCUUGUCGUCGAUGUGGACAAGUUGGCCACUGGAGCGGCGACCCUGCAUGCCCCAAGGGCAAAGGCAAGUCCAAGACCUUUGCCACCAAUUCGACACCAGACAAGGGAGACGGCAAGAACAAGCACAAGCCUCGCACUGUCUACUUUGCAGUGCAUGAUGAUGGUGGAUCUUCUGGACUUCAUGGAUUCAUGGCACAGAAGUACAACGCUGUGCCACCACCGUCCAGUCUCCAAGAAGGUCAAUAUGUUGACAGCCCUACUGCACGUGGACUUCCUGCAGCACAUGGACUUCCAGCUGCUCAUGCACAGGGUUCUGAUGAUGUUCCUGCUCAACGUGCUGUGGUUCCAAGUUUGCAGAAUGAUGUUAGCAAUGGAAGCGUGCUCACAACUGAAGAGCUUGACAACAUGAUGCUGGUCAACGCUCUUGGAGUAUCUGAAACCCGAGAUGACGGCAGAGUAAUCUACGCGAUGCCAUCUGAACUUGCGGGAUAUGGACUUCCACGUGAUCUCCAAGGUCUUUCUGGACUUUUCCGAGUACCUCAAGCUGCAGCACAACAACUCCCUGCUGAACUUCCAGCGCCAGCACCUGCCAAAGCGGCAUCGCCAGCCGCAGUGUGUCGGCAUGUCAAUGUCACGACACGUGGCAGCAAUGGAUACUACCAAAUCAAGAAGUGCCUUGACUGUGGCGUUACGUUGUCCAGGGAGCCCAAGAUGCCAACCACUGCUACCUCAACUCCGCCGAAUGCACCAGAUCCUGCAGGUGGCACAUGCACACACAGAAAUGUCACCUGGCAUGGAACUAAUGGCUAUCGAUGGCGACGCACAUGUCGCGACUGUGGUGAAGUUCGCACCGGACCUGUUGGCACCCAACCUGCGAGCUCAACAACAAGGACCAAUGCCAGAGCUUCCUCUUCUUCUGUGGUGAUGCCUGGAACUGUGGAGCAGAUCUUGACCGUGGAUCAACUUCCCCGUCUUCGACAGAUGUUGGACUUUGCACUGCGCACCAAGGAGACGCAUUCCCAAGCCGGUCAAGAGAUCGCAUCCACUGAACUAUGCUGCUGGACUACGCGAUUGGCGUUUCUAGCAUGGAUGCAGCUCCACCAGUUUCCGAGUACCAGACUCCCAGAAGAUCACCAACGUACUCUCAGCACUCUGCAACACCGAAGUCAAGAGCGAGUGCAUCAACACUUGGUCCAGCUGAACACCUUGAUGACAUGGGCCAGAGGAUUGUCAACUUUGGCAAAUUCAAGAACCAGACCUACUACCAGGCAUGGUGUGAUUUGGACUAUGUUGAAUGGGCUCUCCAAGAAGAACAAAAUGUUCUCCGAAGUGGCAAGACUAUGA